AUGGAAGAGAGCUCAAUAGCCAACCUCCCUGAACGCCCUCUGACAACGCCAGCCCAAUGGCCGACCAGAAAGGGCAUCGAGAUCCUUUAUCCACCGCACUCCAAAGUCUACAUGCUCUUGCAUGAAAGGGAAGAGACUGAACUCGUAGAAGGGUCAGUACAGCUUUACUACUGCAAGGAAGAAGAUAGGAGGUAUUAUUAUGACGAAGAAGACGAAUGGCGGACUCUGCGGACCCGCGUUGUUAUGUGGAGGAGACGGAGAUUUUUGGAGAUUUACAAAGGGUUUAUCGAGAGAUGGAACGAAUACAUCCAGGGAUUCGAAGAAUACAUGUCACACUUCCAUCAGGUCACGCCUAUGAUUGAAACAACCGUCAAUAUACGCAAGCUAUCUAUAUUCUCCGUGCAGAUGGAGUACCCAGAAACAUCAUGGAAAAUCAAACCCGAGGGCAAAGACCUUUUCGAAGAAUGGCUCCUUCGUUGGGAUAUCGAUCCGGAUAAUUGGUCUAUUGACGCAUCGGACUCGUUGAAAGUACAUAAACUAUGGCUCCAGAAUCGGGAACCCAAGUUCCAAAGGUUGAAGCUCCCCGACCUGCAACAGGACGUUCACGAAGAGAUAUUCGACCGAUGCGACGACCAACAGCUACUAGCGUUAUCUCUAUUUAGAGGGAACAAACCAAGUCGCCCCGCAGGUCGAGACUACGAUCUUCCACCCACUCUUCCGCCAAUGCUGCGACCUCCUGACUCCGAGCGUUCUACCCAACUUGACUUGCCUCAGAGGGCGUUGCGCACACUCCUCCAGGACUCCCUCCCCGAGUGCAAGAUCGCCAACCUCCAUUUACAAUUCUCGAGACCCGAGGCGAACUCGAUAGCCUCAGCGACGCCGUGGUACAUCCUCCGCAUCUGCCCGGACGUGCGCAACCUUUCUGUGUCCCUCCUCUCGACCUUGGACGACCUCGUGUUCCCUCCGCACCAUGUAUACUCCAAGUUCCGCUGCAUCGAGGUGCUGGAAUGGCUUUCUGUCCACCAACUCCAUCCUGAUGGCAUCCCGCGGCUGGCAGAGUGGUUAUCUUCUCGGCCUACCGCGCCUAACGGCAAUGGGGACCCCAGUCAGUCUGAAACCCAAGCAGAACGCGAUUCAUUCAAAGGCCUCACACACUUCAAGAUCUCCCAUACAUCCCAAAUCCCACCGCAAUAUACAGGCCUCCUCAUCGCCUCCCUCCACGCAACCCCCUCACUGAAAUUCCUCACCCUCGAGGGGCUGCACCUGCACUCCUCCAUCCACUCCCUCAUCCGCGAAAUAUCACUAGCCUGCCCAAACCUCGUCGCCCUCAAACUCGUCGCGCGGACAAACAACACGGGCACAAUGCAGAACCGCACGGCCUCAGGGGAGGUCGCAGUGGUCUGGCCGCACCCCUCGGGGGCCUACGCGCCCGCCUUGGGGGGACUGAAAGCCCUCAAACACUUUGCGUGGAACUACAAAUUGGUGGAUGGAGAUGCUACGCCGUUUGCGUUGGAGUUUUUUGAGCGGGGGGUUAAGCCUUGGGAGCGGCCUGGACUGGAUGAACAGGAACGGCUACGGGAGAGUCUGGAGGGGGAGGGGGAGAGUGACUCAGUGAGGAGGAGGAACAAUGGCCUUGGUACGUCCCCCACGAAGAACUCUGGUUCGACGAUGCGGACAUGA